CGCCCUUAUCUUUUUUUUUUUUUUUUAUUAUCUCCCCCCUACUUUGUUUUCCCCCUUUCCCCCUCCCGCCAACCCAACCCCCGGCUGGGCGACUCUGACAAGCUUCUGGCCUGUCCCGAUUUCCCGGCUUGCAAGUCACCAGUCUUUCUUUUCCCCUCUCUCUCACCACACAAACGCACAUACCAUACCACGCAUAUACGCUGCGUACCCACAUACCCUCAUACAUUCACACGCGCGCAAUCAACUCGCUCGUACCGUGCCUGGCCCUGUCCUGGCUCCGAUCUCCGAUCAAAACCCUUACGCCCGCUUUACCUGUCCAUUUAUUCGACCUUGUUUCUAUUUUAGUAGUAUUCUUAUUUUACGGUUACUGGUAGCUACUGCGAAGAGACCUCCCCGAUAAUCCAAUCAACAAUGGUUGAAUAAAUAAUAAUUUUAUUAUUAUUUUUGCCGUCAUAACCAUCCAUAAUAAUUCCAGACCAACCGUCUUCCCUCUCUCCGGCUCUCUGACGCUCGCUCUCCACACACGGCAAAACAUUAUCUCUGGUAGCAAGCAUCGAACAAGCUUUGUUGCUCCGGUCAAAUAAUAUUAAUAGGUAUGAUGACGCCCCAUCGUGAUGGCUUUUCCUCUAUCUUUCCCUUUCUCUCUCUCUCUCUCUCUCUC